GAGAGCUCUGAUGUGAGAAGGAACGCUGCAGACUCUGGUGGGGUCUCUUGUAACCAGAGCCCCCACCAGGGGUGGACUGACAACUCAUGGGGCCCCCGGGCAAUAGGGGAUCAUGGGGUCCCUGUGUCCUUGCCCAAACUCAAAAAAGCCUAUGAAAAAGGUACCAGGGGCAUCUCAUGGGGCCCCCUACUGACCCCAGGCCCACGGGCAGUGCCCGAGUUUCCAAAUGGUCAGUCCAUCCCUGGC